AUGGCCUUCACCAGAAUCGGACUCAUCGCUCUCGCCGACGACGUCAAGCGGGACGAGGCCAUCACGAGGUUCAGCAACUUUGCAAACGAUUGCAAGAAGGAAGACGGACAGACGUACAUCGUCGCUUCCAAGGCGAGCAAGUGCCAGGUUCUGACGGACGUUCCGGGCUCGCAGCCGUGGACUGUGGUUUACGAGAUUACGUUUGCGAACGAGGCGGAUAUGGAGUACUACCAGACGAAAGAUCCCAUUUACCAGGAGUUGAUGAGGCAGGCAGCCGAGGGCAAGGCCACCGGCUUCAUCGCGGUGUCGGCGACAGGAUUCUAG